UACAGCAUACCUAGGAUAUAUACAGAACCAAAGAAGACAAAACAAUUACACUACACAUUACAUGCUCAUUUAAACCAAAUAUACUAAAAGCCGACGAAAAUAAUCAAUGACAAAUGCUUUUUUGGCGUUAGAAAGAAAGAGAGCAAUUACAAAGGGAAACAAUACACUCUGGGAAAAAUAUAUAAUGAGAUAAAUUAAAAUUUCAAGGGUCAUUUUUUUGUAAAGAAAAAAACAACCGUUUGAAAAGAACGAAACUUUCCACGAAAGUCGGUACGGAGCGACAUUUGGAUUGAACGACUUGGAUAGGUGAAAUAAAGGAGGGAAAGUCGGAUGUGGCUGAAAUCUGACAGAAUGGACGUGUUGGGGAAAGUGUGGACGGCGCGGAAACUGAUUUUGGUCGUCCUGAUCCCACUGUCCCUGCUUCCACUUCCACUUAUCCACCCGACCAGUGAGGCAUCAUGCGCGUACGUGCUUAUCGUGACAGCGGUGUACUGGGUGUCAGAGGCGGUGCCCCUGGGUGCGGCAGCUUUGGUCCCUGCUUUCCUGUACCCACUGUUCGGGGUCCUCAAGUCAAGUGAGGUGGCUGCAGAGUACUGCAAAGACACCACACUGCUGCUGAUUGGUGUGAUCUGUCUGGCUGCCUCCAUCGAGAAAUGGAACCUCCACAAGCGCAUCGCCCUGCGAAUGGUCAUGAUCGCUGGCGCAAAGCCUGGCAUGCUGGUGCUGGGAUUCAUGUGCUGCACCGUGUUCCUGUCCAUGUGGCUGAGUAACACGUCCACCACCGCCAUGGUGAUGCCCAUCGCCGAGGCCGUCCUGCAGCAGCUCAUCAGCACCGGCGUGGCCGACGCCCAGGAGGACUCCGACACCGCCGAGGCCCCCGAUGACGACGACAGCGACAAGGAAGAGAAUCUGGACAAGAACCAGCUUGAGCUUCUAUAUUGCAGAGAAAGCUGCGGGAAACAGGAGCUGUGCACCCUGUCUGAGGAGCCCAAUGGCCUGGCAGACAAACUCAGUGAAGGCCAGAAUGGUCUCAAACAGAGCAAUGGACAUCUGCCACAGACAACAGUAGACAUCCCAGAGCCACAGAAGCCAGCGGAGAAGACCUCUCGCUACCCCACCAAGAGGGACCACAUGAUCUGCAAGUGCCUCUCCCUCAGCAUCACGUACGCCGCCACCAUCGGGGGCCUCAUAACCAUCACUGGCACCUCCACCAACCUCAUUUUUGCUGAGCAGUUCAACAGCCGCUACCCUGAAGCAAAGGUCAUCAACUUUGGCACCUGGUUCAUCUUCAGCCUGCCCAUCUCCAUCAUCAUGUUGGUGCUGACCUGGGUGUGGCUCCACUGCUUAUUCCUGGGCUGCAAUUUCCGCGAGACCUGCUCCCUGAGCAAGAAGCGCAGGACCCGGAGGGAGGCGCUGUCGGAGAGGAGGAUCCACGAGGAGUACGUGAAGCUGGGGCCCAUCAGCUACCCUGAGGUGGUGACGGGCAUCUUCUUCAUCCUGAUGACCCUGCUCUGGUUCACUCGGGAGCCUGGCUUUGUGCCCGGCUGGACCUCGCUGUUCGAGAAGAAGGGCUACCGGUCCGAUGCCACCGUGUCCGUGCUGCUGGGCUUCCUGCUCUUCCUCAUCCCCGCCCGCAAGCCCUGGCCAUCGGCCUCCGCAGACAAAGGCAAAUUCCGUGCAGAUGAGAGCUCAGUGAAACAGCAGGACUCAGACCCUCUGGCCCCCAUGAUCACAUGGAAGGACUUCCAGAGACUGAUGCCCUGGGAGAUUGUUAUCCUGGUGGGUGGAGGUUAUGCCCUGGCAGCUGGGUGUAAGGUAUCAGGGCUGUCUGUGUGGAUUGGGCGACAGCUGGAGCCCAUGAGCGGCCUCCCUCCCUGGGCCGUCACCCUGCUGGCCUGUCUGCUUGUGUCCACCGUCACGGAGUUCGCCAGCAACCCCGCCACACUCACCGUCUUCCUGCCCAUCCUGUCAACGCUGUCCGAGACCCUGCGGAUUAACCCUCUGCACACACUCAUCCCUUCCACCAUGUGCGUGUCCUUCGGGGUCAUGCUGCCCGUGGGGAACCCCCCCAACGCCAUCGUCUUCAGCUACGGACACGUGCAGAUAAGCGACAUGGUGAAGGCAGGUUUUGGGGUCAACUUGAUUGGGAUUCUGGUAGUCAUGCUGGCCAUCAUGACAUGGGGAGUCCCACUCUUCCAGCUGACAGAGUUUCCAGACUGGGCCAUAUCGAGAAAUGUCACCGACGGCUUGUAGCUCCACAAGGGGGCAACGGAGAGAAGAAACGGACUUAACGAUGUAACAGGAAAGGUAAAGGAGGAAGACAUCUGCAUGCGGAAGCCACAUCUCUUACAGCAGAUUCCAAAUUGGAUAAGACUCACAUCACCCACCCUCUGAAAUGCUUCACUGCUUAGUCCUCACAUUGAUUGCUUGACCAGAAUUGAUGAUUGCCAGGAUGGGGAGAGGGUGCAGAGGGUGGGAUACAGAGACCACAGGGGCAGCAAGGAAGGAUAAAGAAAAGAGGACAAAAGACAUAUCUGGAUGAUGUCACCUCUGGCUUCAUUUGGUGAUGGAAUGGCUGAAUGAAGCGAUUGCUAUCAUCUCAGAUGGAAAUGUACACUGUGAUUACCAUGGAGGACCUAAGUUUAUCCCAUCUCACUUGUAAAUUCAAGUAUGUUUCUAUAUUAGAGCAAUAGCUUUUGCACACAAGUAAACUUAGUAAAUACUUUCUCAUUUAGUAUAGGUAUAUAGGUUUUUAUAUUAAAAGAUUCAUGUAAGAGUACACAAAGGAUCAAUAUUUGGGGGAAAGAAAACUAACCAUGUAACUGCAUUUCAUUGCAAUCAAUGCAAAUGUAUGCUGUCAUUGACAGUAAAUACAUUGGCACAUAGCCUACAUUAUUAUAUCAAUUAAUUAGUGCAUCAAGUUCCAAACAAUACAGGCAGUACAACUUGUGGGGACAUAAAAUAAAUAUGUAUGAACUCAGUGCUAAUUAUAUCCAUGUUUGUACUUUUUUGUUUUGCAAAAAUAACAGAUGUAACAGAAAGCACUCAAAUGGAAUAUUGUACUAUUUAUUAAGUGUGUUUGAAAUCCUUUCUCUUCUCUGCACAGAACAAAACAUAUCUGCUAGCUGGACACAAAUCUAUGUUAAUACAAAGAAAAAAAUACAGAGUUAGAGAAUAAUGUACCUUUCGUGUUGUUGCCAUGUAUAAUGACUUUUUUGAACACUUGAAUCACUGACAAUUUAACAAUGUUUGUAACACACAUCCGAGAAGCUACAUAUGUUACAAUAAUGACAACUAAUAAAGGACUCAAAAAAGUA